UUCUCUGUAAAAACAAGAGAAGAGAAAGAAGAAGAUUAUAGGGAUCUGAGCAGAAAUCUCUUUUACAGAGAACCAACUCUCUCUCUCUCUCUCUCUCUCUGUGCAAACUUGUUUUUACACAGGCUUUUAUCGGAGGCUUUCUUCACCUAAAUGGUUUUCGCCGACAUCUCUUUCCCCCUCGUCGGUCUCUACCAACGCCGAAAUCCGAUCAAUUGAAGAAGAAGACCCCCCCGCUCAAUCCCAUCACCUUCGUCCUCUGAAUUCGACUAAUCGAGGAAAAAAAAAAAAAAUGGGCUUGCUGGGGAUUUUUCUUAUAGUCUUUUUCUCAAUGGUGUUGUGUGUCGUCGGAGGUUGGAGCAGUGGUCAUGCCUCUUUCUAUGGUAAACGUGAUGCUUCUGGAACAAUGGGCGGGGCUUGUGGUUAUGGAGACCUACAUAGUGAAGGUCAUGGAAGUAACACAGCAGCACUGAGCACUGCAUUGUUCGACAAGGGGUCGAGCUGUGGGGCAUGUUUCGAGAUCAGGUGCGACGAUGAUCCUCAGCGGUGCUUGCCUGGUACCAUUGUCGUCACCGCCACUGAUUUCUGCCCACCAGUUGGUUGGUGUGGUCCUCUCAACCACCAUUUCCGUCUCUCUCAGCCUGUCUUCCAACACAUUGCUAAGCCCGAAGCCAGGAAUAUUAGCGUCUCUUAUCGAAGGGCUAUAUGCAGAGUAAGUGGAGGCAUAAGAUUCACAAUCAUUGGGCAUUCAUCCUUCUUUCUGGUGCUCAUAACCAAUGUUGGAGGUGCUGGAGACGUUCAGGCCGUGGCCGUCAAAGGUUCGAGAACUGCGUGGCAACAAAUGUCAAGGAACUGGGGGCAAAAGUGGCAGAGCGAUUCCUCCCUCAUUGGACAAAGCCUCUCAUUUCAUGUCACAGCCAGCGAUGGACGCAAAGUGAUUUCAAAUGAUGUUGCUCCUGCUGACUGGUCAUUUGGAAAGACAUACACUGGAAGACAGUUUCGCUAUUAAUUAAUCCGUCUCUCCCCCUUUUUCAGGCCCCUUUUUGUACUUUCUAUAUAUAUAUAUAUAUAUAUAUAUAUAUAUAUAUUUAUAUUUAUAUAUCUCUCUCUCUCUCUCUAGGAAAUAGGCAUAUAUUGUUGUUAAAAACCGAUGAUUUACGAUAGGAGCCGUCCGAUCCGUAUUUAUCGUAUGUUUGAAUCGAUUUUUGUUUAAGUCGAUUUGUAGGUUGCACGUAAUUGAAUAGCACGAUUUGAAUCGUGGAUGAUGAUCUACUGGAGAAAUCGAAAUGAUGGAGAUGAAGACGAUAAUAAUCUACUGCAAAGGUCAUAUAGGAUUUCAUUGGUCAAAGAAAAAAAUAACAUUUAUUGUUAUUGUACAUUUCUGAAGACGAGAAAUUUAUUAUUAUUUUAUUUGUUUCUUUUUAA